AGGUGAAAUUGGUAAUGCAGCUAUGGGUAAGAGAUCUUCAAAACAAGAAAAGAGAAAUGAAAUUCUGUGUUGUUACCGGCGAUAGAUGCAGCCAAUGAAUGAAACCAUUGCUUACUGGCAGCCGUACAAGCAGAAGUCGGAGCUACCAGUUUCAAAUGUUCCUCUGUAAUUGAAGUUCUCGUCAAGAUGAGUUACCUAACGUGGAUCUACAACAAACACCGACGAAAAUUGAUACAUUAUUGUAUUCAAGGCAGCAGAUAAUCGAGUACAAAGAGAAGGAUAACUUAACCUAUUCAACUCGCAUUAAGUCAAGAUACAGACCCAUUCUAUUACAAUAGUACCGUUAAUGUGGCCCUUAAAGGAGUUGAGUACUUCUAUUGUUUAAAGGCGAUCAUCGGAAAUAUUGUUAGCUGCAGUGCUAUUGUGUGUGCCCCUUUUCCAUCCAGUGGUUAUGAUUGAAAUUCGGAUCUGGAACGACUAUGAGGUCAGACACAGGUUGUAAUUACUAUAAUGCUACGUUAUCUAGAUCUCGCUCGUACCCAUGGCGAAACUAAAAAUGUUCGCCUAAAAGGUUCCGCUUGCGGAAAAAAUGAAAAAGCUGGAUACGCCAAUUAUCCGCACCAAGGAAAUCAAAUUCUCACUCAUUGUACUGUACUAAUCGGUAGCAAGACAAUAUGACAUUAUGUAUAAAUAGAUAUUAAAAAAAUACAUUGCUUCAAAUCUAUUGCGUGGGCUCAGGACUGCAAUCCAAAACAGGUCCCCCAUGCGUUAAAAGCUUGGGUACUCUACGAACAUGAAGAUCCUAUUCGCGCAAAACGCCAGGUGUGUAAAGUCACAAUAGUAAGGCCUAAAACGGCACGGCCCGCGGCCUAGUUGGUCAAUAUUGUAAAUAUUCGCCCGU